CACAGUGAUCCUGGCUGUUUGAGAUUGAUUUGUGAAGCGCCCCUCAGGGUUUGCAUUUUAUUGCCACCAGUUGCAAAGCACGGUUUGCUUUUAUCAGAGUCCCCGAAGGUAUGGAGAAAAGGUGGGAUGAAUUAUUCAUUUUUCUCUGUAUGGACAUAUACCCAUCAGGGUAUACUAAGGCCCAGAGGUUAAACCUUAGGAGGCACUCCGCUAAAUUCAGCAUAAAGGAAGGAGAGCUCUUCUUUGGAAACAGAAGAGCUAUUAAAACCAAAGAAGAAGCAAGGAUGCUUUUCAUGGAAUUUCAUUGCUCUCCCAGUGGGACGCACUUGGGCAUCGUAAAAACACGAUUUGCAAUGUGCUCUAGAUUUUACUGGCAUGGCAUGACUAUUGAUGUUGAUAAAUGGGUCACGGAAUGUGAUCAGUGCAAGAAUUUUGGAAAAACGUUGACAGCUUCAGAGCCGUUAGAGUCUAAGAAAAAAAUGGCAGUGAGACGAUUGAUGCGCGCUGUACAAGUGUUUGAAUUUGGGGAACCUGAUGUACUAAAAGUUCAUGAAGAUGUUCCAGUGCCAAUCCCUGGAAAAAAUCAGGUUUUAAUCAAAGUCCAUGCAUGCGGUAUUAAUCCAGUUGAAACCUAUAUUCGGGCAGGCGUAUAUGCAAGGAAGCCAUCUUUGCCGUAUAUACCUGGAUCAGAUGUUUCUGGAAUUAUUGAAAAACUUGGGAAGGACGUGACAUCUUUUAAGAUAGGUGACCGCGUGUUUGCCACAAGCACCGUUACUGGGGGUUACGCGGACUACACCGUUUCUUCUGUAGACACUGUGUAUCCUCUGCCAGAACAGCUCAGCUUCAAGCAAGGCGCUGCAAUAUCGGUCCCAUACUUCACUGCUUAUAGAGCACUUUUUCAAAAAGCUCAUGGAAAACCUGGAGAAACUGUUCUUGUUCACGGUGCAAGUGGAGGGGUAGGGAUAGCAGCAUGCCAGAUUGCCAGAGCCUAUGGGCUCACAGUGUUUGGUACAGCAGGUACCAAUGAUGGUUUAGAUUUGGUGCUGCAAAAUGGCGCACACCAAGUAUUCAAUCACAGAGAAAAUGAUUACAUUCAGAAGAUUCAGCAAGCUACAGGAGGCCAAGGUGUUAAUGUUAUACUGGAAAUGCUAGCCAAUGUGAACCUUCGCAAUGACUUGCCGCUGUUGUCAGUUGGUGGCAGGGUAAUUAUUAUAGGAAGCAGAGGUCCCAUAGAAAUAAACCCCCGGGACACCAUGGCUAAAGAAAGCAGCAUUAUAGGAGUUUCACUAUUCAGCGCCACUGAGGAGGAUAGGAAAGAGGCAGCAGCAGCACUUUUUGCAGGAAUGGAAGCUGGCUGGUUAAAACCAUUAAUUGGGCCUGAAUAUUCACUGGAAAAUGCAGCUCAGGCUCAUGUCGAUAUUAUACAAACUGGUGGAGCUACUGGCAAAAUGAUAUUUGUUAUAUAGGGUAAUAAUUAUCUGUAGUAAUAAAAUCUACCUGACUGGAAA